CACAACUGUCAUAGAACGGGCGGAGGAAAGCGAGACCAGGAGGAAUAAAGAGAAAGAAGUGUGGGCUUUCUCAUCAAUUGCGCCUUCAUUACCAGAGGUGCGUGGCGGGCAUGAUGAGAGGGAGUCCAAGUUUAAGCCACAUCCAUCCUGCCCGCGGAUGAAACACGAGGACCGUGUCGAAAUAGACAAGAGCCGUGACGAGCGCAGGACGAGCGGGAAGUUUACAAAGGAAAGAUUAUCCCGAUGUAAAGAUACCUGUCCACAAUGUUCCUCCACGUGGGAUUUACGUAAUCGUUACCUUCAAUCAAAGCAUACAGGGUGCAACACUUUUUUUUUUUUUUUUUUUUUUUAAAUCUAUGUGGUUAUUCUUUUUCUUCGGGUUUCUUAAUAUAAUACCCACUCGGCGAACGGAACGCACGCAGAGUUGAACGCGAUGUAAAAUUGUUUUCACGGCAAAUGUGGAUUUCCUUUAAAAUUCGAUGGAUAUUUUUGAUUACCGUUGCGAGCUGUCGGCGGAUCAAUCCAAAACACCAAGCAUAGUUUUCCAGUUUGAAUAAUUCAUGAAAUAAGAGUGUCCCUUCAAGGGGUGGAAAAAGUUCCGACAGCGCGAGGAGGGGGAAUAAUAAGAAUACUUGUGCAGAGUGGUUAGGGGGAUGGCCACCGCAGCUUCCAACCCCUACCUGACUAGCAACAGUAUUCUCUCGUCAGGCUCCACGGUGCACUCGGAGUCCGGCGGUGGCAUGCAGCCGGGAAAUGCCGCCGUUACUUCGGUGUCAGGCGGCUACAGAGGAGACCCUGCGGUGAAAAUGGUGCAGAGCGACUUUAUGCACGGAACCAUGGCAGCAAGUAACGGGGGGCACAUGCUAAGCCAUGCCCAUCAGUGGGUUACCUCGCUGACCCACGCCGCAGUCGCCGCGGCGGCCGCCGAAGCCGGCUCGCCGUGGUCUUCGAGCCCCGUUGGAAUGGCCGGCAGCCCCCAGCAACAGGACGUCAAGAGCAAUUCAAACAGAGAAGACCUGCACGCCGGCACGGCGUUACACCACAGACCUCCGCACAUAGGAGCUCACCAGUCGCACCAAAGCGCGUGGGGCACCGCCACGGCGGCGCACAUCAGUACCAUUACCGGAGGACAGCAACAAUCGCAGCAGUCCCUUAUUUAUUCCCAGCCGGGUGGUUUCACCGUCAACGGGAUGCUCAGCCCUCCCGGGGGUUUGGUUCAUCCGGGUCUGAUGCGUGGGGAAUCGCCAGAAAUCGACCACGGCAGCCACCACCACCACCAACAUCACCACCAACACCAUCACCAUCAUCACCAGCAACACCACGGGGUGAACAGCCACGACUCGCACUCGGACGAGGACACGCCGACCUCCGACGACCUGGAGCAGUUCGCCAAACAGUUCAAACAGCGGCGAAUAAAGCUUGGCUUCACGCAAGCCGACGUCGGUCUGGCCCUGGGAACCCUUUACGGAAACGUCUUCUCACAGACCACGAUUUGUAGGUUCGAGGCGCUGCAGCUGAGCUUUAAAAACAUGUGCAAGCUGAAGCCGCUUUUGAAUAAGUGGCUAGAGGAAGCCGACUCGACCACCGGAAGCCCGACCAGUAUCGACAAAAUAGCCGCGCAGGGCCGAAAGCGCAAAAAGCGCACGUCGAUCGAGGUGAGCGUGAAGGGGGCCCUGGAAAGUCACUUUUUGAAAUGUCCCAAGCCCUCGGCACAGGAAAUCUCCAGUCUGGCGGACAAUCUACAGCUUGAAAAGGAGGUCGUUCGGGUUUGGUUCUGCAAUCGGAGACAGAAAGAGAAGAGGAUGACACCGCCCGGAGUUCCCCAGACACCGGAGGACGUGUACUCCCAGGUCGGCAACGAGAGUUUUGUGGUAGAUUACUUAAAAGAUGCAAGUUUGAAAGACGAGCCGGACGACCAGGUGGGGACAACUCCAAACUCCUAUCGCCAGGUGAUUCUGGCGCAUUGACACUGCAACAAUAAGCAAAAUGAAAGUAGAUUUUAUGGAUUGCCACCGAAAAUUACUGGCAUAGGCAUAACCAUCAAUGGACAAAACAAAUGAACUUCAGGACUCGUCGCCAUUUUCGCGGAGGACUAAUGUUAUUCAUUGAAAAAGGGAAUUGUCUUUUUGCCUCAAGUAUCGGCUAGUCCACUUCCCGAAUACUUUGUGCUGCGAACUACAGCUUUUCUAUCUCAUAGAAUUCUUUUGUUUUUUUCCCGUGGACCGCACUUCUGUGAAUAGUUCUCACACAGGGACUACACCGGGGGAAAAGGAUUCCAAAACGGCUCUUAUUCCCCAUUUUGCCUGCCCUAUCGUGAACACUGUUUUGUUUGUUUGUUUGGCUAAAUAAUUGUGGACCAUGUCCCUUUUCUUACUGCUAUUUCCAUGCAGUAGUUUUGGCGGAUUUUGAUAAUUCUGUGUAAAUUUGGCAAUAUGAAUUCUCAGUGGUGAUUGACUUGCUUUAUAUUUUUCAAUGAAAUCACACUUUGGAAUAUUUUACGGAGUCACCGAAAUGUUGCGAGCCGUGACCUUUCUCUUAGAAGUAGCAUUUCUUGUAUAUCGUUUCUCUCUAAUUCUGAGUUAUAUUAUACAGUCAGUAGGCUACCACAAUUGUUAUUAAAUUUGCCUACAGGACACCACAUUGAUAAAAUCUAAUAUGCGGACAAAUCAUUGUCAAACAAAUUUUAUUAUUUUUUUUUGUGGUUGUUAUUUAAGUUCAGUAUUGAGUCAGUCAGAGGUGAUUGAGAACAAUAAAUUUGAUAGAUCUGAUACAAUAAA